AUGGCACCCGCCGAGGAGCGCCCCGACGGCAACGCACUCGUGUCGACGGGCGGCGGCUCCGAGCUGCAGGCAAUCUUGCACCCCCUCGUUCUCCUCUCGAUAUCCGACUACGUCGCCCGGCAUACUCUGAGGUCGCAGAGCGGCCCUCUGGUUGGCGGUCUCCUCGGCCAACAGAACGGUCGGGAGAUCACGAUUGAGCACGCCUUCGAUGUCCACAUGAUCUCGACCACAUCUGGGGAGUACAAUGUAGAGGCCUACCACUUCCAGAAACGCCUAGAGCAGAUGAGAGUCGUGCACAAGGACAGGCAGCUCGACUUUGUCGGCUGGUAUACGCUCCUCCCCUCGACAGGCCCCGACGAAUCCGUCCUCGACGUGCAUCGAUUCUUCCUGAGCAGCUACAACGAGUCGGCUGUUCUGCUGGCCCUCCACCCCGACGAGAUUCAGGGACGCUCGGCCGGGGGCAAGUUGCCCGUCACCAUCUACGAGAGCAACUGGGAGGUCGAGGCCGGUGGCGGUGGCGGCGGAUCGGUCGAGGACAAGACCAUGGACGACGUCGAGACGACGGCGGGUCUUCAGCUCCGCUUCCGCGAGCUCAACUACUCUGUCGAGACGGAAGAGACGGAGAUGAUCAGCAUGAACUACAUUGCCGGAGGCGGAUCCAGUGCCGCAGCAAAGGCCGCGGCCGCAACCAGCGCCUCGACUCCCGGGGAAGACCGCCCCCCGCGCUCCGUAGAGAUCGAUCCCAAGGGCAAGAGGCGUCUUGUCGAGAGCCCGACCAGGCCGACGGCAGCCGUUGCCACCGAGGACGACGAGGACGACGAGGAUGAAGGCCUCACCCGCGACGAGGAGGAGAUAAUCUCUACACUGACCACCAAGGCCAACGCCAUCCAGAUGCUCAAAUCUCGCAUCGACCUGAUAAAGACAUAUCUCGAGCGUCUCCCCCCCGCGGACGGCGAGGACACUCCUGAUAUCACCGACGGUGACAAUCACGACGAUGACAACACCACCACCCCGUCCCUCCCCAUACUCCGCCAGAUCCAGGCCCUCGUCUCCCGCCUCGACCUCGUCAUACCCUCAGACAAGGCGGCGUUCGAGAAGGAGAUGCUCCAGGAGUCCAACGACGUCCGCGUCGUCGAGCUGCUCAACAAGAUCAUGCAGGGAACCGAGCAGGCGAGAGAGGUAGGCAAGAAGUACGCUAUCAUCGAGGCUUCCAAGCAGCUCUUCCAUCGUGGGUCCGCCGCCGCCGCCGCCGCAGACUACCACAUCCCUCCCAGUCUCAGCGGCAUGGCAGGUCCGGGGGAUAUCAUGAUGAAGUAG